AUAUUUUGUAAAUUAUUUAAAUUUUGAAGAUUUAAAUUAUUUUAAAAUCUAUUCAUAAAGGAAUAAAGGAUUUUAGGGGGGUUUUAGUAUUUUAAAGAAGUUUUUUCCUAUGGAAGAGGAUAAUUUUGAUAUCGAUAUAUAUGAAGAUGAACCAUUAACAUAUGAAGAGACAAAAGAGCAAGAAGACUUUGAACAGGAGUCUUUUAAGGCGACGGAGAUUGAUAGGGAUGAAAAUAAACUUGAUUCAUGCGAAAUAAACAUUAAUAAAUCAGAAAAUGAAGGAGAAAAAACGACAGAAAAUAUAAAUACAUUGGAAACGUCAGAAGAAACAGAAAAAAUAGAUACUAGGCCUAUUGAUACAUGUGCGACUACGGCACUUUAUUUAGGUGAAAUGAAUUGGUGGAAUUCGGAUGAGGAUAUACGAAAUGUAGUUCUAGAAGCGGGGAUUGAUUGUGAAUUAAAAGAUAUUACAUUUAACGAACAUAAAGUAAACGGAAAAUCUAAAGGAAUUGCAUUCGUUGAAUUUACAACACCACAAGCAGCAACAGCAGUUAAAUUGUUCCUUGAGAAUACGACGAAUCCUGCAUAUAUGAAUGGAAACAAAAAAUUUAGUGUUAGCUUUUCAUCAUUGUCAAAUCCAUUUCGUACGCUUCCUAAAGAACCGCCUUCCAAAACUGCUCGCGGACGCAAUGAUAUGGCAUCUACAAAUACACGAGGACUAGCAAGAGGCAAUGCGAACAACAGGAAUAUAACGGGAUAUGGAAAUCGUAUGAAUAAUGCAGGCAUUCAGGGGAAUAUGAUGAUGACGGGUCUUCCUGGAAGAAUGCCAUUUCCCAAUAUGAUGCCAUUUGGGACAUAUUCUCAAUCACAAAAUGCUGCAGCAUCAGGCUUUAAUGCCAACAUGAUUGGUUAUGGAGGAUUUGGUGGGUCACAAGGUUUUCCUGCACCUCAUUUUAACCCCGCAUUCUUUGGAAAUGCACAAGAUCCUAAUACAUUCUCUGAUGCGAAUCCUCAUGGUCAAAAAAGGCAAAGAGGGACAGAAUAAAUUCUAAAAUACCGAAAACAUAAUAUUCUUUAAAAACAAAUCAACACAUCUCUCUCUAUCCAUAAUUGAACUAUCAAACAAUAUCUUUUGAGUUCUACAAAACAUACUAUUAUUCAUCUAAGGACUAAUACAUAUAUUUAAUAUAAUAAUAUAGUCGACUUAUAAACGCAUUUUGCUAAUUUUAUCUGGAUAAACAAAACGCAAGAAUCUAACUCGAGAUUUUAUGUUUCUAUUUAAAACAAGGCAUUGACCGUUAAAAUAAUAAACAUAUCGUAAUAUGUGCUUACAUUUACACGAUCAUU